GUACAUAUGUAUAUAAACAUUCAGUGUUUCAGGCGCUUCGCAUUGAUUAUCGGAUUAAACGUUAGAACUAUUUGAGAACUAAUUUCAAAAACGGUUCCACAAGCCUAUACGAUGAACACCUCUCAGCCGUUGGCGCCAGGGAUUCCAGAAAAAAAAAGCCAGUUCCAAAAGCGGGACCCAAAAUCCAACACCGAGGAAAGGCUUAUCUUCGCAGAAAACGCUCUAAAGAGCCAGAUUCAAAUAAAGGAUCAGUUACGCCACCAACAACAAUCAACUAUGUAUGCGACGUCACUAGCCAACUCUCCAGCUGCCGCUUCAGUUCGGGCACAAUUCCUUAAUCAACCAGCAGAAAGACCUGAUUACCCGCUGAGGGCUAAUUCUCUCCACCAUGUAAACUUGACCCCAGCUCAGAAACAAUUAUCGCAAAUGCAACCACCAAUAUGUAAGUCGCCCAUAGGCCUGGAUACGUCUUAUUCCAGUUAUCAAAACACCAAUGGAAGCAUGUUGUCGAUAAAAAGUGAACAGCAGUUGUGUCAAAUAUACAAUUCGCAGCAACACUCCGAUUACAUUAUUUCCGAUUAUAUGGAUAAAAUUGCUACGCGGAUUAGUUUACUCGAAACAGAGUUAAAGUUUGCUUGGCGUGCAUUGGACUUGCUUUCUACUGAGUAUGGAAAGAUUUGGGUUCGUUUGGAGAAGCUUGAAAACAUAUCAAUAGAACAACAGUCUGUAGUUAGUAAUCUUAUGGACCUUAUCGGAGCAGCAAAUCAAGAACAGCAGCAAAGCAAUUUCGAAGGAUUAGAAUAUCCUUCAUUUCAGGAUGAAGAUCAAUUGUUACCCUUGGUAAUGGACGAUACUAUGGGUAUAGACAUGGUCUUAGAGGCCGAACCAUCUGAUCCGGACUAUAAUAAAGAACUAAGUUUUGGAGAUCAUAAUCGCACUGUAGUAACAGAUCUUACGCAGGCUCGCGAGUCGGAUGUAUUUUUAAAUUCGGCUUGUGCAUUAGAUUCUAACAAUCCUUAUCUUAAUUUCGAAAAUAUUGAUUUGAAUGACGAAAGAUUGAGCACUGAAACACCAAAUGAGGAAUCGAGAAUAAAACUUUACUCAGAUUCCAACCUUAUGUUCUAUGAGCAGCAGCAAUUUUUGGCAAAUAAUGCACGUGCCGAACUUAUGAAGGAAUUUAUAAAUGGACGUAGAGUUUUAAAUGAGAUUUCGGCAUCCUCAGGUGCAUCAUCGAAAGUGACCAGAAAAUCUACUAAUAUUUCACAGCCAAGAGAAGGACUCAAAAAUGACCAAUCGUAUGUCGAUUCAAAUGGUGAUCACAUAAGACAGACAAGCAACGAAGUAGAUAGCCUUAUUGAAGAUGUUAAGUUUUUUCGUUUAGCAGCCUCUAAAACCGGUGAGGGCGGAAACCAAGUAUUACCCAUUGAAGACACCGGAGGAACGCAAAUCUCAUCUAUUGUCAAUGAAAUGAACGAAUCCUUUUACAAGAAACUUAACGAGGCAUAUCGUGACAACGACUUGAGUUCUGAGAUAUUCAAGGUGGAUGCAUUGCUCCAUCAGUCUGAAGCAACCCACGAACAAAUUUCAGCUAUCAGUGGCCACUUAGCUUCUUCCUUAGCCUUAAACAAUGAGGAAGAAAACGAUGUUACAAAAGUACAGUCCUUGGAAACGUCAGAAACCAGUCUCGUAAGGCAGUCAAUCAACAAUUUCAGUAAGGAGUCAAGAAAACAUCGAAAAAAAAAACAUCAUACAAAUGAAAUGGACAUGAUAAAUAAACUGAAAUGUAUCCUUGCAAAAGCACAAUCAUCACAGAUUAUUAACGAUACUGUAGGAUUGGGUACGGAUCUCUUAGGUAGGGGUGAUCAAAUUGAAGUUGGAGCCGACAACAUACAGAAUGGGUUAGACAAUCUACGACCAACUAGUAUCAGCUGUUUAAGUGAUGACAUCCGACUAAUUUUGGACAACAUAACAGAGACUUUAAUAGAAGAAAUAAAUAAAAUUGCAGGCCUUCAAUCUUUAAGUGCAUCACAAAUUAGUCAGUUACGCAACACAGUAUGGUCAGAGGAAAAGUUUUUUCACAAACUCAGUCAAGUCGAUAAAAAAUUGACUCUGCUCCUUCUUAACCCGAUUACUUUAUCUGAAGAAUUGCGAAGGCUUCGAAUUACGAAUACGAAUGAAAAAUUUGUUUUAGUAAUGAAAAAGUUCAAUAAAAAUAUUGACACUUUAAAAAAAUUAGUUGGUAGCUCACUGGACGAUUUUAAAAAAGACAAACCGCGUGCAAAUACGAUCUCAUCUCACAGUCUCAAUCCAUCUCUCACAUCCAAAAGUUGUAGUUUUAGUGCACAUUUAUUGAGAAAUAAUUCCGAUCUAGAUGAACAGCUAAAGAUUCUUGAGACUCAAGAGAUUGAAAUAAACCGUAAGAAGAAAAUAGACCAAAUUGUAAGCGGGCUUGCUGAGGAAGUAGACAAACCUUUCAACUCUGAUAUUGAAUAUGAAAGCAAUUACAGCUAUACCAACUCAACCGAUGAUUUUAGAAGUUCCACAAAAAAUAUUUACAAUGAGGAUGAGUAUAUAAAGUCUUUAAAAAAGAGUCUGGAGCGUCACAACAGCAUGAUUUUUCUACUUCAUUUACAAAAUCCUGAGAAACACAAAGUGUCGGCUGAUAUGAAUGAUGCAAUAAUGGAUGCAAACCGAUCCAGUCUUAGUCCGCCACCACCAGCUCCCAACGAUAUCCUUAUCUUUAACGAGGCCGUAAAUGAACUCAGAGGAGAUAUUGACUCUCACCAACAAAAGAAUGCGAAGUCAGACUCGGGCCUAUCGUCGAUGAGCGGUUGGUCACCCAAUUCCCCCGUGUCAGCUGGAAUCCAAAACUGCAAUUUUUUCUGUAAUAAUGGCGUAGAGAAAAAAGGUAAAGAUACAUUGCAAACGUAUCAUUCAUUGCCUUUAGCUGGAAGUUCAAACUUUAAUAGUUUACCGGCCGGCUUUGACAAACCUAAUAUUGGUAAACAGAACGAUUAUGUAAUAUCAGAAGAAAACUUCAACUAUAUUCAAGAGCUUUCUAAAAAUUUACCCAUUUGCUCUGCCUAUGAAAAUAAGUCUAUCUUUGAUAUGAAUUCUGACUUGAACGAGAUCGAAAAAUUUUCAACAGUUGACGAAAUGCUAGAAUGGGACCAGAUUAAUGAACUGGAUAAAAAAAAAAUGUCUACCGAACGGUUAAAUUCUGCCCGUAUGCCAGACCUGUUGACUACCCCAACACAAAAACCGUCUUUGAAGGCCACUGUAACAAAAAAAAAAUACCCAAGUGAGAAUCUUGAAACUGUCGAACGGCCACUAGAUGUAAACAUUUCGAAGUAUAGCCGUGUGGAAGCAACUUUGGAUCUUGAAAAAUCGCAGCAUCAAACAAACAGACCCUAUUUGACAGAUAGACUUGUAUUUUAUCCGUCAUCCAACUCUAUUACCGAUUACAAUAGCAGCAAUAAUUUAGAUUAUUUAGGACAACAAAAUCAAGUACGUUUUAUUAAGGAAUCCGGGUACAUACCAAUUGUUUCACCUCCACCGAUUCAUCUUGAAUAUAAUGCUAAAAAUUAUUCUGAAGCUCAUGUGCCAAUUCUUUUUAGCUUAACCAAUUCAAGUCAAUCACAGCACGGUUUUGAAUCUGCAUCUAGUGUCAACUCUGCUGAUCCUUCUAUCCAUGCUAAAAAACAUGAACAGUUUGUAUCAAGACAUUCGUCUGCUAAGCCUCCAAAGGUAUGGAACAAGCUAAAUACCCUUUUAACAGAUAAUCUAAAGCUUAAACGUAUAUCGAAGUUUAAUCGAUCUCAGUCCUUACCCGGUGAUGUGCAAAGUCAAGGCAAUCAAAGACAGCAUCGUGGCCAGGCAGGGUCGUGUCCGUUAAUUUCUCACAAGCGGUCCAACGUAAGCGGAAGCCAGGUUCAGUUAUCAAAAAGAUUACAAAAGCUACCAAUGCGUCUUAUACGAAGAGCGACAGGAGCCCCAUUCGUCCGACGGCUGUCUCAUCCCGACUCUCCUGUUUCAUUAGAUUCCGCUGCCGAUGAACCUACUCCAAGUGAUACUGGUGUACACAAAAAAUCACUUUCGUCGAAAAUGAACAAUCUAAUGCAAAAGGCGAAGACUUACAAACGGCACAGCUCUCUCCUGCGCCGCGGCUGUAACAUGUCGGACUCUGAAUUAGAUAUGCCGGACUUUACUUCAUCGGAUAACGAUAAAAGCUCUAAAACCGGAAGUAAAAUUAUGAGGAAUCAAUUCGAGGAUGAUGUAGAGGAAGAUUUUAAACAACCCACCUGUGCCUAUAAGAAUGAAAAGGAAUUAGGUGGUUCAAUGGAGGAGGUAAAGGACAGUCUGUCACAUAAUUUAUUCGCUGUUGUAGGGGACCUUAAAAAGAUUCAAAGCCCCAUAUCAACCAUUGCUGUCUCGACAACAAAUCCUCUCGACAACAAUUCCAUUACAAAUAGUAAUGAAAUUUGCAAUGUGGAAAAUGUUACCAUUAAAAUGCCAGAGAUUCUCUUGGAAACAUCUUCACAGGCGUGCCUUCAAAAACUCAACUCAGUUUAUAUUGACGACCUCGGCGAUGAGGACAUAUUUGGAAACUCGGCUAACAUUGAUGUGAAUGUCCCCACCCUAAGUAUUCAUGAAACAACUGAAGAUGUUGGGGAUACAGAAUUAAGUGUAUUCCUUACAACGGCAACAACAACAACAACAACAACAACAGCAGCAGCAACAACAACAGUAACAACAACAGUCACUCGUAAUCUCAGUGCCAGUGGUGUUUUGUGGGUCACGCAGCAGUGUUUAGACCUUCCAAACAAUCCUGGCUAUGGGUCGCGGGAAGAUGACGAUAAUCGAAGUCAACAUUCUGCUCGCACUCUUUCUUCUUCGCGGAGGCAAAGCACUGAGGAUAGCAUAGACACAGACGACGAAUACUUUUAUUAUGAGCUUCGCCAGCUAGAGGAACAGGAACAGCAACGUGCAGAGCUUUCUGGAAUCGCAUCUGGCGAACCACGUGAUGAUAACGAGGUGUUAUUUUCCCAGAUAGGGCAACUGGUCCAAAACGAUAUUAACGGAGGAGAUCGAUUUCGAUCUGAUGUCUGUAAAAAUGACGAGGAAUUUACUACCUUUUCUCCAAGUGAAAGUGUAAAGUUACGGAUGUCUGAAGUAUUUAGUGAGCUUAAAAGCGUCGUUAAUUUACAGGCAGGCGUAUUUGUUCACGAUACUGUUGAAGAGUUUGUGGUUGCAAAGGCAGCAGGUGAAAAAUUUGCAACAGUAUGUGACAUGCAUAGCGCUUGGCAGGAUGUAAACGGCGAUUUCCAAGUGGCAGCCUCGGAAAUGGAUUCGAAUGACGAUGCCGAGAUGGAAGAAAAGGACGCGGGGACUGAAUUUUAUCUACAUAAAAAACAUCGAAAAUUGCGACGAUUAAAGAAAAAAGCACGCGAACGAAAUGUAAAUAUUUCUAACGGUGAAGCCAGUUCAAGUUCGUCAUGCCUUUCUGAAAAUGAAUGUGAACAGAAGGAACAUAAUCGACUCUUUGACCAAUGUAUUACCAAAUUCGACGCAGAAAAUGAAGAAAAAGAUAGACCAAUUAAAUCGACGGCAUCUAGUGAGACAUCUGGACCUGAUACGCCGGCAGAGAUGAGCGAUGUUGAGAUAAGCGAAGCAGAAAAUUGUAUUGAAGAUGAUGGAAACCCUUCGCUGGACAAUCCAAAUUUUCUUUUACAUUUAAAUGAAAAGUCUAAACCACAAUUUGAUAAAAAUUUAAAAAACAAGCCCCUGGAACCUGCUCAGAGUAAUACGCAUUCAUUGGAGAAUAUUAAAAACGAAUUAGUUCCAUCUCAGAGCCCUAAAAAGUUAAUUAGUCAAGAAUCAGAUUUUGAUGGAUCCCAGGUUAUAGGUAGCAAUGGUGGAGCGGGUCUUGGCAGUAGCAAGUGGAAGUUAUUAAAAACUUUAAAGGAGCGCAAGAUCGAGGAGAAAAAUAAUCAAGAUAAAAUUAAAGAAGAUGAAUUGACCAAGGACAAGGAAAAGAAUGGCGGUGGUACUGGAGAUGUUGGAUUACGUACCAAUGGACAUCCUGGUGACAAUCCGUUCUAUAGCAAUAUUGACAGUAUGCCGGAUAUUCGGCCUCGUAGAAAAUCUAUUCCCCUUGUUUCUGAGCUGGUUCUCAAGACAAUGGCCGCUACAAAACGAAAUGCUGGACUAACAUCUGCUGUUCCACGUGCAACGCUUAACGACGAAGAACUGAAAAUGCAUGUGUACAAAAAAGCUCUACAGGCUCUGAUCUACCCUAUAUCAUCGACUACGCCCCACAACUUUUUGUUAUGGACGGCAACAUCUCCUACGUACUGCUACGAAUGUGAGGGUCUUCUGUGGGGAAUAGCACGACAAGGAGUGAGAUGCACUGAGUGCGGUGUAAAGUGUCAUGAGAAGUGUAAAGACCUGCUGAACGCUGAUUGCCUUCAGCGUGCUGCCGAAAAGAGCUCAAAACACGGUGCGGAGGACAAGGCGAAUUCGAUCAUCACCGCGAUGAAAGAGCGAAUGAAGCAACGUGAGCGAGAAAAGCCAGAAAUAUUCGAGUUGAUUAGGAUGACAUUCGGUGUGGAUCCUGAUACACACAUAGAUUCAUUAGAGCAGGCUGAGUACGCAACUGUUGAGGGAACAUCUAAGUGGUCAUGCAAACUAACAAUUACAGUGAUUUGUGCUCAAGGCCUGAUAGCGAAGGAUAAAAGCGGUACCAGUGAUCCAUAUGUGACGGUGCAGGUUAGCAAGGUGAAAAAACGAACGCGAACAAUGCCGCAGGAACUUAACCCUGUGUGGAACGAGAAGUUUCACUUCGAGUGCCACAACUCCUCAGACCGUAUAAAAGUUCGAGUUUGGGACGAAGACAAUGAUCUUAAGUCGAAACUUCGUCAGAAAUUAACUAGAGAGUCGGACGAUUUUUUGGGCCAAACAAUUAUCGAGGUUCGUACACUUUCCGGCGAAAUGGAUGUAUGGUACAAUUUGGAGAAGCGCACAGAUAAAUCCGCUGUAUCAGGCGCCAUACGGCUACAUAUAUCUGUUGAAAUAAAGGGCGAGGAGAAGGUAGCUCCUUAUCAUGUACAAUAUACCUGCUUGCACGAGAAUCUGUUUCAUUAUCUUUGUGAAGAAAAUAGCGGAAUGGUUAAGUUGCCAACUCAAAAAGGGGACGAUGCUUGGAAAUUGUAUUUUGAUGAAAUACCCGAGGAGAUUGUGGACGAGUUUUCUAUGCGGUAUGGAAUCGAGAAUAUCUAUCAAGCUAUGACGCACUUCCAUUGCCUAUCUGCCAAAUACCUUUGCCCCGGAGUACCAGCUGUAAUGAGUACACUGUUGGCAAACAUAAACGCGUAUUAUGCUCAUACGACUGCAUCUUCAGCUGUGUCGGCCAGUGAUCGUUUUGCAGCCAGCAAUUUCGGGAAAGAAAAAUUUGUGAAAUUGCUGGACCAGUUGCACAACUCCCUUAGAAUCGAUUUGUCAAUGUACAGAAACAACUUUCCUGCAUCGAGCCCAGAAAAGUUAAUGGAUCUAAAAUCAACAGUCGAUUUAUUGACCAGCAUAACAUUUUUCCGCAUGAAGGUACAAGAGCUGUCUAGUCCGCCGAGAGCUAGUACUGUAGUUAAAGACUGUGUGAAAGCAUGCCUGAGAUCUACCUACCAGUUCUUAUUUGAAAACUGCUACGAACUUUACAACAGAGAAUUUCAGGUUGACCCCAACGAAGCAAAACGGGCACCGGAUGAUCAUGAACCCAAACUGGAUAGCGUUGACUUCUGGCACAAGCUAAUAGCAUUAAUCGUAUCGGUUAUAGAUGAAGAUAAGAACAGUUAUGGAACCGUUUUAAACCAAUUUCCCCAGGAACUAAAUAUUGGCCAGUUAUCAGCAUCCUCAAUGUGGCACCUUUUCGCUGUCGACAUGAAGUACGCACUCGAAGAACACGAACAGCACCGUCUAUGCAAGUCGUCGGCAUAUAUGAAUCUUCACUUUAGAGUUAAAUGGCUAUAUAGUAAUUACGUUAAAGAGGUGCCUCCCUACAAAGGUGCGGUGCCCGAUUACCCAGCAUGGUUCGAGCCUUUUGUUAUGCAGUGGCUUAAUGAGAAUGACGAUGUGUCAUUGGAAUACCUUCACGGGGCAUUUAAACGUGACAAAAAAGACGGGUUUCAAAAGAGCAGCGAGCACGCGCUUUUUUCAAAUUCGGUUGUCGACGUUUUUACGCAAUUGACGCAAUGUUUCGAUGUUGUUAGCAAACUCGAGUGUCCUGAUCCAGAAAUUUGGAAACGUUACAUGAGGCGUUUUGCUAAAACAAUCGUAAAAGUGCUUAUAGCUUAUGCGGAUAUUGUAAAAGUAGAGUUUCCAGAUCAUAUGAAGGAUGAAAGAAUUGCUUGCAUACUUAUGAACAAUAUUCAACAACUAAGGGUGCAAUUGGAAAAGAUGUUUGAGUCAAUGGGAGGAGAUAAGCUAGAGGAGGAUGCAGCCAAUAUUUUAAAAGAACUUCAGCAGAAUCUUAACUCGGCGUUGGACGAUUUGGCAUCACAAUUUGCUAUCAGUUUGGAGCCACGAAUAACUCAGUCGGUGAGAGAACUAGGUGAUAUGCUGCUUUCUAUUAAGGGAGGCAGUGGAACUCUGGCGGCUGGUAACCUAGCAGCUCAAAGGAACGCCGUCGCCGUUGAGGCAGAUGAAGUUUUGAGACCGCUCAUGGAUUUACUUGAUGGUUCUUUAACACUUUAUGCCCAGUCAUGUGAAAAAACCGUACUGAAGAGAUUACUAAAAGAGCUAUGGAAGAUCGUAAUGCGAAUAUUAGAGAAAACCAUUGUUUUACCACCAAUGACUGAUAAAACCAUGAUGUUUAAGCACCUUACUGACAAUGCAAAAAAUUUAGCAUCCAAUGCAAAAAUUGAAGACAUGGGACGAUUGUUCAAGUCCCAUAUGGCAGGAAAACAGGAUGUCAAAAGUGCCCUUAGCGGGGUAAUGGACAUAUCGAAGGAAGUCGAAAAAAAUUUGUCACCAAAACAAUGUGCCGUGCUUGACGUUGCCUUAGAUACAAUAAAACAAUAUUUCCACGCCGGUGGCAAUGGACUGAAAAAGACAUUUCUAGAAAAAUCCUCUGAACUGCAAAGUCUACGUUACGCACUCAGUUUAUAUACCCAAAUGACCGACACCUUAAUCAAAACGUUUAUAUCUAGCCAAGUCCACGAGGUUGAUCCUGAAAGCGCAGAGGAAAGUGUCGGCGAAAUUUCCGUGCAAAUAGACUUAUUUUCCCAUCCAGGCACUGGCGAACAUAAAGUGAACGUGAAAGUCGUUGCUGCUAAUGAUCUAAAAUGGCAAAUACCGUCGGGAAUGUUUCGACCAUUUGUUGACAUUAAUCUAAUCGGACCACACCUGCAAGAAAAAAAACGAAAAUUCGCUACAAAGUCAAAGUCCAACAAUUGGUCACCCAAAUACAACGAAUCUUUUAGUUUCACCAUUGGAAAUGAGGAGCAGCUAGACUUUUUUGAGUUGCACAUUUGCGUUAAGGACUAUUGUUUUGCACGUGAUGAUAGACUUGUAGGCGUUGCUGUAAUUCCACUAAAAGAUAUAUCGGAAAAGGGCUCUGUCGCAUGCUGGUUACCCUUAAUGAGGCGUAUUGAAAUGGAUGAGACUGGUUGGACCAUUUUAAGGAUUUUGUCACAACGUAAUAAUGAUGAAGUAGCCAAGGAAUUUGUCAAGCUGAAAUCUGAAAUAAGGCAGGAGCCAACAAUGGGCACAUAAGAACGGCAGCACGUACUACUCAAUCUCCAGAACUACACCUUCAAUGUUAAAUAUUACAAAAAAUUUUAUUUUACAAAACAAAUUAUAUUUUAUUUAUUUAAUUUAAUUUUGUUAUUAUUGAAAACUGUUUAUCGGCAACAAUCUCAUAUAGAAAAAAUCAUACAUAAAAUAUACAAUAUAUAUAUAUAUAUAUAUAAUUCCUUUAUCUAUGAAAUCUAUGUAUGUUAUAAACGAAAUGCUCUGUGACGAUUAAAAUAGUAUCAUAAAUCUGUCACAUUUAAGAAAUGACCCACAUCAAACCUCCAAGAUUAUAAUGUCCUUAACAAUAUUAAAAUUCGCACUCAGAUUUUCACAAAAAUGAUCAUACUAACUUCUGGCAAUACAUAUUUACGUACGUCUCUAAAUCUGCAUACUCUCGUACAUUUGUACAUAAUGCUGGCCAGACGCAGACAUAUUUGGUUACGAAAUCCAUUUUUCAUCUGUACAUUUAAAAAUCACUAAACGCACAUUCCUAUUUGUGUAAAUAAGUACCUGUAUAAAUAUUAAUUGGAAAUUCUGGAAAACAUUUGUUAAGGAUACAUACUUCACAUAAACAAUAAGUCCAUAUGAAUUCUUAUUUUUUUCUAUUGCAAUAAAAUUUAAAUAGUAUUUAAAUUGUCGAAAUAAAUAUCAACAUUUCAUCAUA